GACACUUUUCAAUGUGACACGCAUUUCUCGUUGAUUUGGUUCCGUUUCCAGCUGUCAUUCUGUAACGUUCCCUUUCCAACAGAUUGUGUUUAGGUAGUGAGAUGUCCAGAUACGGUCGUCACGGAGGAGAGACUAAAGUUUAUGUGGGGAACCUGGGCACCGGUGCAGGGAAAGGCGAACUUGAGCGGGCUUUUGGUUAUUAUGGGCCUUUGAGAACUGUGUGGAUUGCCAGAAACCCUCCAGGAUUUGCCUUUGUGGAGUUUGAUGAUCCCAGAGACGCUGAGGAUGCCGUCCGUAGCCUCGACGGCAAAGUGAUCUGUGGAACCCGUGUGCGUGUGGAGUUAUCAACAGGUAUGCCACGCCGCUCCCGUUACGACCGCCCACCCACUCGGCGCCCCUUCGACCCUAACGACCGCUGCUAUGAGUGCGGUGAGAAGGGGCAUUACGCGUACGACUGUCAUCGCUACAGUCGCCGCAGACGGAGCAGGUUUCAUCGUUUGAUUCAGAGUGUCACGACCCUUUACGAUUUCAUGAAUCUUCUAGCAAAUGCCACACUUACGGUCACCUGCUUUGACCAGGGCGUGACCAGCCAGACUCUCUCUAAGUCUCCUGCCACUUCUACCUGCAGCAAAUCGUUUCAUUUGGGGACACAUAAGUGCGUGUGUAUGCAUGUGUGCCCCACCCCUCCUCCCCCCAACUCCAAACCCGACUGAUCGGCAAUCUGAGCCAAUUUGACUAUCAAUUCGGGCCCACGCUUUUGAUAACGAGAGCACCGAGACCUCGCCAGACAAAGCACUUCGCACACUUCUAUCAAGUCUCAAUCAAGCGAUUUGGCUGUCAGUGCGAUCAUCGUUAGAAAGCGAAGAACACGACUAGAUGCAGAGGUCGACUGAUGAUAGAUACUUCUAGAUCGCCUAGAUCUGCUAGACCUCGGUUCCAAAGAGGGUCGACCUGCAAACUUGCAAGGUUUAUUUUAAGUACCAAUUAAUGUGUCUUUCUCUUUCUCUCUCUAAUUUAUUUAUUUUGAUUUUCUUUGCCUGAAAUUAGUCAAACGUAAUGUGUAAUAUCAUAAGCUGUCUUCACAGUAUUCUUUUCUUUCUUUUUUUUUUUUUUUUUUUUUGGUUAAGUAUGAGAAAGACCUUCUUUAUGCAGGGGUCCUGUAAAAAAAAAAUUAAGAAAUACAUUUUAAAAAGUUGACUGCUGUAAGUAAUGUAGUGCUAAAUUGAAAUACUGUAUCUUUUUUUCCGUUCAUGCUAGGUAAGGC